UGCGCUGGGGCUGCGCGGGGCGGGAGGGGACCGGGGCAGCCUCCGCCCUGUCCCCGCCCUCGGGGCGUCCUUCGGCAAUGGGGCGGCAUCGGGAGGAAAGGCGGAAAUGUUUCCUCGGCUGCCGAAAUCGCAGCGCUUGUCGGGCAGCGUGAGAGAAAGCCCUCCUGCUGAUUCCUCCCAGCCCAGCUGGCAAGUUUAAAACUCACUGUGCACACGUAGAAGCAAGCUGCAGGUACCACUGAAGGUCUGGUGAGUUACAGAAGGUUCAGAAACAAUGGAAAGGCUGUGUGCAGCAAACACCACUUUUGCACUGGAGCUGUUAAGAAAGCUGUGUGAGAAGAAAAGUGGACAGAAUGUGUUCUUUUCACCAUUUAGUAUUUCUUCUGCUUUGUCUAUGGUUUUGCUGGGUUCCAGAGGUGGCACUGAAGCCCAAAUAAGAAAGGUGCUUUCCCUGAACAAUGCCCAGGAUGCUCACAAUGGCUAUCAAUCCCUUCUGUCUGAAAUUAAUGAUCCAAACACCAAAUACAUCCUGAGAACUGCAAACCGACUGUAUGGAGAAAAGACAUUUGAGUUUCUUGCAUCAUUUAUGGAGUCAAGUCAGAAAUCCUACCAUGCUGGCCUAGAACAGAUGGACUUCCUGCAUGCUUGGGAGGAUGCCAGGAAACAAAUCAAUGGCUGGGUAGAGGAAAGGACUGAAGGUAAAAUUCAGAACCUGCUGGCAGAAGGGAUUCUGAAUUCUCUGACCAGACUUGUGUUGGUGAAUGCCAUCUAUUUCAAAGGCAACUGGGAAAAGCCAUUCAGGAAACAGAGCACCCAAGAAAGGCCAUUCCAACUUAAUAAGAAUGAAACCAGACCUGUGCAGAUGAUGUUCAAGGAGGCAGAUUUUAACAUGACCUACAUUGGGGACUUCCAGACCAAAAUCCUUGAGCUGCCCUAUGUGGGUAAUGAACUGAGCAUGAUCAUCCUGCUCCCUGAUGCAAUCCAGGAUGGAUCCACAGGCUUGGAAAGACUGGAAAGAGAACUUACAUAUGAGAAGCUGAUGGGUUGGAUCAGGCCUGAAACAAUGAAGUCUACAAAUGUGAAGGUAUCCUUACCCAGAUUCAAAUUGGAAGAAAAUUAUAAUCUGAAGCCCCUUCUGAGCAGCAUGGGAAUGCCUGAUGCAUUUGAGUCAGGGAAGGCAGACUUCUCAGGAAUCUCAUCUGGCAACGAGCUGCUGCUGUCUGAAGUGAUUCACAAGUCCUUUGUGGAAGUCAAUGAAGAGGGCACUGAAGCAGCUGCUGCCACAGCUGUAGUGAUGAAGCUGCUCUGUGCACGGAGAAUUCCAGAAUUCACUGCUGAUCAUCCCUUCCUCUUCUUCAUCCGGCACAACAAAACUCGCAGCAUUUUGUUCUGUGGCAGAUUUUGCUGUCCCUAAGGAGCAGAUAGCUUGGCAGCAUAGGUGACAUGACACAAUAAAUGGCAGAAAACAGAGAAGUGUUAGUCCCUGUAUCUAUGUAUCUGAAUAAUAAUGAAAAGGUUAAAAAUACUCAAAGUCUGUACAAUGGAAGUAUUAAAAAAAACCCCAAAGCUGUUUAAAUACGUGAUGUUUUUGACAUGAGUCUCUACUGCUUGCCGACCGUAUUUCUUAAGCUCACAGCUCAGAGGGAGCUGCAAUUCAAUAACAAGUACAUAACUUGUGAUAUGCUUUGACAAAUCUCAUCUUAAUGUAAAACAUUAUUGUCAUUCUUAUCCCACAGUAAACCUUUGUCCCAGAGUUAAUAGCAAGUCUGCUUUAACAGCAUCUAAAUGAAAUAAAAUGUCUGUAUUGCA